CAGUUGACGAACUUCGAUUUUCACGGUUAUAGCCCAUCGCGAUAAUCGCUGACAAACUUCUUAAAUUCCAUUAUUUAUAAUAAUUUAUAUUACACGUGUGUGCAAAGUCGCGGCGCAUGUUCUAUAGCCCGAUUUUGGGCCCGGUACUCCGCAUCGUGUGAUAUUUACUUAACACCCAUAGUAUAGAUUGCAUACUUCCGGUGGCGCGUAUUUUGAAUUAUCGAGUAAACGUUGCCAUAGUUACAUAGUUUUACCUGAAAAAUUAGUUUUGCGUAUCAAUCAAAUACUUAAAGUGAACCUUACGUGAACAAAGUAAAACUUGGCAAGAUGGUUGAAAAGGAUCCUCAGCUUAGUGCUUUGGAAAUAGGCGAACUAGAUAUGUUCGUUGACAGUAUAGAACCAUCCCGCAUUGAUAGCAUAGGGAAUCAAGUGUGGAUCGACUGGCAUAUCCGACUUCAGAAACUCAACCAGCAAGCAGUGUUAGAAGCAACAUCUAUGCAAGAAGAACUUACUAAAGAGACAUUGAUUUCCUCUGGGAAGUUACCAAUUCUAGUCCAAGAAGCGAUAUGUAUCCAAGUAUGGCGGUAUAAAGUUUACCCUCAAGUACUGAAACUGGAACCAGCACCCUCUUGUACAUUCGGCAUUUACAUGGUGCUAUACCAUGAAGCAGCGUGCGUUGGGCUCCUAGAGACGGUGCUAUACCACGAGGACGGCGCCCGGUGCCUCAGCGACGUCAUCGUCGACCUUCUGGGGUACGCAGUGGAGCAGCUCACGGCGUUGCUGGCGCUACUCAAUAACGGAUAUUUGAAGCCCCAGAGCCCAAAGGAGCUGGAAUGCGAGACUGCACCGGAAGAGCUCGAGCGCCGGCAGCGGGACCUGCAGUUUGACAUCAGCAUGCGGUGCAUCACUAUCGUUCGAUACAUAGCGGAACACAUGGAGGGAGCUGGAGUAGGCGCCUCCAUCGCGACGGGCCUUUACAAGACCAACGACGUGCCCUCAAUUCUAGCCCACUUGCUGCAGGAGGAACCGUGGCGCAGGACCACUGAGGCCGGCGAGCUUCAGACCUUCAACUUCGGCCGCUGGGCAAAGCCGUCCAAUGACGAGCAACUGCAAAUGCAUCGCAGCGAGGUGCAGCUCUGGCUGUGCCUGCGACAGUUGUUGCUGGAGCCGCGGCUGGCGCACCAGUACCCUAUCGACGAGUGCCGCCGCACCGCCUUCUGUCGGCUACAAGCGCGACUUACUGAGAAUAUGCUGGACCAAGUGCCGCCGCUAGGCGAUCUCAAGCAGUUCCUGUGUCGUCUCUCCGUGGGCGAUUAUUCGAACAAGGACGGCCGCUCUAACGUGAAGAACGCUCCGGGCUGCACGCUCAUCGAGGUCGUGCCACAGAUAAAAGACUCAUACAUGCGCCAAGUGCACAAACGCACCAAAACCUUGGCCAAGCAGCAGCUCCGACUCUUUGACAUGGACGGCAGCGACGACUCGCGCAAAAUGGCCAAGCAACUCCUGGACUCGUAUACCAGCGACGCGGCGCUGGCCAUGGACGGCGGCGGCGCAAAGUGUGCCAAGUGCGGUGAGGCCGCCAGCAAGAAGUGCUCGCGGUGCAAGACUGAGUGGUACUGCGGCCGGGAAUGUCAGGUGCAACAGUGGCCAAAACACAAGGAGUUAUGUGAUCAAUUUGCCAAAUUGUGCAUGUAGAGAAUGACGUGUUUACGAAAUUUAACUUAUUAUGUGUUAACUUUCUUAAUUCAAUAAAGGAAAUACCAUUA